AUGGCGAGCAAGACAGCUUUCGUACUUCUCGCCCUCCUCGCGGCUGCCGCGUUCUGUCACGCAAGCCGCCCUCUUCCUGCAGACAGCGAUAACUCCGUUACGAUCGUUGCCAAAGAUAACGAUAAUACCGUCGCCGUGGUUCCCGCUGAUAACGACAACACGGUCGCCGUGGUUCCCGCUGACAACGACAACACGGUCGCCGUGGUUCCCGCUGACAACGACAACACGGUCGCCGUGAUUCCCGCUGAUAACGACAACACGGUCGCCGUUGUUCCCGCUGAUAACGACAACACGGUCGCCGCUGUUCCCGCUGAUAACGACAACACGGUCGCCGUUGUUCCCGCUGAUAACGACAACACGGUCGCCGUUGUUCCCGCUGAUAACGACAACACGGUCGCCGUUGUUCCCGCUGAUAACGACAACACGGUCGCCGUUGCUCCCGCUGAUAACGACAACACGGUCGCCGUUGCUCCCGCUGAUAGCGACAACACGGUCGCCGUUGCUCCCGCUGAUAACGACAACACGGUCGCCGUUGUUCCCGCUGAUAACGACAACACAGUUGCCGUGGUUCCCGCCGAAGCAGAGGACAAUGUUGCUGUCGCUCAGCCAUCGUCUGACGUCAGCCCUAAGAUUGCUAUGGGUCGUGGUGGUUGCGAGGGCGAGGUCACCAAGGCUCGUGUCGCAGCUGUGGAGACCGUCGCCAGUAAUGCCGGCGGGCUCACGAAGCGAUCCGUCGCCGGAACCAACGGCAAUGCGGCGAAGCAGUUCACCAUGGACGAGGUGUCCAAGCACAACCGCCCAGGGGACGCAUGGGUGGUCGUCCAAAACAAGGUAUACGAUGUGAGCGACUUUGCGGACCGGCAUCCAGGCGGGCGCGUGAUCUACUUGAUGGCGGGUCGCAACGCCACGGACGUGUUCGCCGUCUUCCACAAGCCGUCCACCUCGGCGUUCCUCUCCACGCUGUACAUCGGCGAUCUCAAGGACAGCGAGGUCGAGCCGACGGGCGAUCUGCUCAAGGACUUCCGCGAUCUGCGGGCGUCGUUCGAGGCGAAGGGGUACUUUAAGUGCAGCCCGGCGUACUACCUGUUCAAGGUGCUGUCCACGUUCGCCAUCGUCGCCGCCAGCAUCGCCAACAUCAUGUGGACCUCCGACCCGCGCUGGGUGCUCGUCUCCGCAGUGCUUCUCGGCCUCUUUUUUCAACAAGUCGGCUGGCUCUCGCACGACUUCCUUCACCACCAGGGCUUCAGCAUGAAUUGGUGGAAGAACAAACACGCCACACACCAUGCCAUACCCAACGAGUGCGACAAGGAGUACCGCCCAAUCGACCCGGAUAUCGACACGCUGCCGUACCUGUCGUGGAGCGAGGACAUUCUCGCGACCGUCAAGAGCAAGACCAUUCGCUCGCUGCUGCGCUACCAGAGCUAUCUCUUCUUACCCACCCUCUUUGUCGCCCGCUUCGCAUGGACGUACGGGAGCCUGACUUACUGCUUCUCGGACGAGGUGCCUGAGAAGGAGCGCUUCUGGGAGCGGCUGUUCAUGGUGCUGCACUACGCGUGGGUGCUGGGGUUCGGGUUCGGCUACCUGCCGUUCUGGACGGCCGUCACGUGGAUGCUGACGGCGCAGAUCUCCGGCGGGCUGUUCCUUUCGUUUGUGUUCGUGCAGAGCCACAACGCCAUGGAGAUCUACAACGAGGGCAAAGACUUCUACACCGCCCAGAUUGUGACCACGCGUAAUGUGAGCGACGGGCUGUUCAACGACUGGUUCACGGGCGGGCUGAACAAGCAGCUGGAGCACCACCUGUUCCCCACCAUGCCACGGCACCACCUGGGCAAGACGUGCAAGGCAGUGAAGGAGCUGUGCGAGAAGCACGGGCUUGCCUAUGAGAAGGUGUCCUUCGCCAAGGGCACGUCGCUGGUGCUCGAGCAUCUCAGCAGAAUUGCAGAGAAGGCCUGA